AUGAACGCCCCCUGGCCUCCAGCCAGUGGCCAUGCGCCUGCGCGGCUGGUCGCGUUGCAGGAGGGCGGGGCGUAGCGCCGCUCGGCAGCACAGCGGAAGAAAAUGGCGGCCGUGGCUGCAGAGCCAGGAGCUGCUGCGGUUCCAACAACAACAACAGAAGGCCCGCCAGAACCGGGCCCAGGCGGUCCGCAACUCCCAGGAGCCCCGCCGGAGCCCGACGGACCGCAGGAGUCCGGCCCCGCAUCGGAGCUGGCCGUUCACCGAACGGAGGAUGGUGUGGACGGGGACGGCCGCCAUGUCAGGCCCGAGCUGGAGCCCGCGGCGGGAAAAGCUCUGCCUGAGAGCGGCGCUACCGACGAACCGAUCAGUAGCGUCCCGGUGGAACGGGUCAUCGUGGACCGGUUCUCUCCCGGACUGCCGGCGGACCCAGAGGCCGGCGGGAACGUGUCGGUGCAGGAAGCAUACCGCAGCAUCCUGCCGGACCCGCAGCCCUCCGCCGUCUUCCUACACUCCUUCCCGGCUCCGCCGCCCGUCAGCGAGGCCGGGCUGUCCCUGGCAGAACCGGCCGAACCGACCACCAACGUGACAACGGACCGGGCCGAGACCGCGGGCCGAGAGCGGUGCUACACGGCUUUGAUCCAGGCGGAGCUGCGUCCUGGGCCCGCGGAGGACGGUACCGCGGAACGGGACACCGGCUACGGUAAAAACUCAGCGGGGACGGAGGAGCCGGCGGCCCGCGGCCCGCGGGACUCGUCUCCGCCUUGCCGGUCCCCGAAGAGGUGGCUGGUGACGGAGGCCGUGAAGCAGGAAGACCCAUCCGAACACGGACUCACGCCGCCGCUCGGCUCCAUCCAGGACCUGAGUCCCGGUUCCGAGGUCCGGGUCUCCCUGGACCACGUCAUCGAUGACGCGCUGGUGGUGUCGUUCCGACUGGGGGAGAAGGUGUUCUCCGGGGUCCUGAUGGACGUGUCAAAAAGGUUUGGACCUUAUGGUAUUCCCAUCACAGUGUUUCCCCGACGGGACGACAGGAGUCGACCUCUGAUGUCACUGCAAUCACAGUCGGUUGCCAACGACGACCCAUCCACCAAACAGGAAGAGGUCACUGCCAGUUCUUCGUCCCCGCCUCCGACUCACCCAUGGACCUCCAAACCGCCGCCGCUGUUCCAGGAAGGGGCGCCGUACCCCCCUCCUCUGUUCAUCAGGGACACUUACAACCAGGCCUUACCUCAGCCGCCGCCGCGCAAAAUCAAACGGCCUAAGCGCCGUUAUCGCUGCGAGGAGCCCACCUCCAUCAUGAAUGCCAUCAAGCUCCGUCCACGCCAGGUGCUCUGUGACAAGUGUAAAGGUGUGGUGGCGACAAGUGGGCACAGGGAGGCGCGACGGGGACCGGUGGACCUGAGGUGUGAGGAGGUGUCGCGACGGCGGAGGGCGGCAGAGAGACCGAUCUCCUCCGAGGUCAAACGACUAAGGAGUGACGACAAGGGAGGCCGAACUGCCGCCGACAGACGCUCGUCAUCAGGGAUACGUGUGUCAUCUUCAUCAUCAUCUUCCUCCCGCCGUGUUCUGAGAGGCGUGGCUUCAUCCUCAUCCUCGUCGUCAGCUGCGUCUGGCCGCAUGCACCUGAAGCUGAACUCUAAGAAGGUUCUUGCCAAAAGUUCUUCUGUCGAUCACUCCAAAGCACGACAGGUUCUCAAGAAGUUGGCGAGGGGCUCACAGGCGCCACCACAUCACCGGGCCAAUGAUCAGAAUCAGGGCCAGGACCGCACCAAGGCUGUGACCCGAGCAGCCGCCCUGCAGAACCACAGCCAGAAGGUCCACUUCACUCGCCGCCUGCAGCACUUGAGCGGGGCUACUAUGGGCUCCAGCUCUCACACGGCGCUCCCGCCUCGAAUGCGUCUUAAACCCCAAAGGUAUCGUACAGAUGACAGCCAGGGACCAUGCUCCUCCUCCUCCUCCUCCUCCUCCUCCUCCCCACCCAAACAGAGUGCUCGGUCUUCACCACCCAAACCUGCACAGUACCCUGCGACCAUGCAGAGCCUGGCCCUGCCCAGUGCCCCACCUCCACCUGUAACCACAGCUCCUCCCCCAAAGCCCCCGUCCUCCUGUGCAGUCAGCGUUGUCUUGGAGAUGCAGGAGGUCCCCCCCUCUGAAGGGGAAGGGGCAGAUCAGGGAGAGGGGGGGGGAGGGGAGGGGCAGGAGGUGGAGCCUCCUCCCCCCCCCUCUUCCUCCUCCUCACUGGACUCCUCCCACUCAGAGUGCAGCUCCACAGAGACCUUUGACCUCCCCCCCCCAGGAGACCCCCCCUCCUCCUUUUCACCUCGGCGCCCCUCCUCCCCACCUCCUCACCCCACACCUGAUGGCGAGGAGGUGCAUGGUGGCGGCGAGGAGGAGGAGGAGGAGGGCUGUGAUCCAAAGAGGCGUCGUAAAUCUUCCACGUCGUCGUCUUCCUCCUCGUCUUCGUCGUCGUCAUCCGUCUUCUCGAAGUCGGUGUCCAAGUGUCCAUUGCCCGACGGCCGCACCGUGUGCGUUGGCGACAUUGUCUGGGCCAAGAUCUACGGCUUCCCCUGGUGGCCGGCGCGCGUGCUCGGCAUCACGGUGUCGCGGCGUGGCGAUACGGGGCUGGCGGUGCGGCAGGAGGCAAGAGUGUCGUGGUUCGGCUCGCCAACCACAUCCUUCCUGCCGCUUUCCCAGCUGUCGCCCUUCCUGGAAACCUUUCAGUCGCGCUUCGACCGGAAGAGGAAGGGGCCGUACCGCCGCGCCAUCGCCGAGGCUGCCAGCGCCGCCAAACAGUUGACGCCUGAAGUUCGUGCGCUGCUCACUCAGUUUGAGACGUAGUAUUGGCUACCCCCGCCUCCUGCCAUGCCCCCACCACACCUGCCCCACCCUGUAUGGAAGGUGGGAGGAGCCAACUCCCUGACUGAUCUGUCAGUCAGACUGACGCAGACGUACGGACGAUGUUUUUGUUUCCUACCUAGACGGAGGGGGAGGGGCUUUUGGGUGUCAGGGCGGGCCUUAUUGCUGCAGUUUCCUCCCCAUGUCUUCACAGAUGUCCUCAAUUUUAGCAGGUGUCUGACAGCGUUUCAACUCGCCAUCGUCGCUAUCGCUCGGCUGUUAGUGGGAUGAUGUCAUAGCGAUGUCAUCAGUCAGUUACGGAUUGUCCUGGUGCAUCAUGGUAAAUGUAGCAUCCAUUCAUGCAUUCAUCUCCUUAUUGUUUGGUCACUGGAGAUCUGCUGAACGCAGCCUGCUGAUUGGCUGACAGAGCUGUAUCAUGAUGAUGUCAUAAUGUUUAAAAGUAAACACUACGAUCUAAGUGCUGAAGCUAAGCGAACAGCUGCUAAGCUAGGCUCAGCUGCUCUGACGUGCAGAGGUGACUGGUCGUGAUUGAUUGAUUAUUCAUGCCAUUGAUGACUGAUUGGAAUGAUCGGUCAAAAUGUUUUGUUUGUUCCUGAAUCCGCAAUUUUUGUUGCGACGUGUCAAGCGUUUGGACUCGGCGAUGUGAAACGCUGUAACGUGCUGAUUUCACGUCCUGAGGACCGCCCACAGACUGAAAACAGGAAGUACAUCAGAUUAUAACUGUGAAGCAUUAACUGUUGUCCAAACUGAGGUCCGGGCCCUUAAAAACGUCACAUCUGCUGACUUUGUCACGUACCCUGUUCAGACUCUGGCAGCAGAACGUGGUCAUCAGUACGGCAGCUGUGAUGUCACUGUUCUCUGAUUGGCUCAGAAAUUGGAAGCUCAUAUAAUGUUUUGAUUGGACGCUCAGACCUCCGACAGAAAGCUCUGACCCUGUUGUGUGGGACGACGUCUCACUGGGUCUGACUCUGUGGACGGACUGGGGACAGGUAGGACACACUGACUGCUCUGCUCCCUGACCAGGAGGAGGAUGGAGGUGGAGUUUCCUCUCUGCUGUUUGUUCUUUCAGACUCUUUUUACCGUCUGUUUGCAGAUCAGAGAUUCUGAACGAAAACCUGUUUGGACGAACAGAAACAGUCGACCUAUGUAUAUGUUUUUUCUCCUGUUUUAAAUCUAUUAAUAAACUGUUAAACUUGUCUUUGAA